AUGGUGAAAACACGUGCUUCCAGAAAAAGGUCUGCUACAUUAUCUACUAGUGAUGAAGCUGAAAACACUAGACAGAAUGCAAAUAUUGAUGAUGAGGUUGAAAGCGAUGAUUGCUCUGAUUCUGAUAAUGAUGACGGUAUCAUGAAUGUGAGGUUCAAUGACAGUGAUGAAGACAACAUGGAUGAUGAUUUGUUCACGAGGUACACUAAUGAGGGAGUUGAGGGUGAUCAAGGUGGGCAAGAUAGGAGUUAUGAGUUGAAUUUUACGUCUAAUGAAGAUGCAAUUUUCAGUGAUGCAGAGUACGCCUCAGACUCAUUACAGAGUUAUGAUGGCUCUAUUGAAGAGGAACAAGGUGAGAAAAGGGAAUCUCAUCCACUAUUUAAGCCCAUUAAGAACAUGGACAGUUACAAGUGGCAUAUUGGUAUCAGAUUUCCAUGCAGAGAUUCGUUUAAGGAUGUAGUUGCUACGUAUGCAAUUCAAGGAGGAUGGUCUCUGAAAUGGAUCAAGUUUGACAAUGUGAGAGCAUGGGUAGGUUAUGUGGAUGGGUGUAACUUCUUGCGAUUUUGUUCCAAGCUUAGUGGGGUGACAACUUGGGAGUUGAAGACUGUUUUGACUGAGCAUUCUUGUGAGAGGACAAAUGGGAACAAGAUGUUAAAUUCAAAGUGGCUUGCGAAUAGAUUGGUGGACAAAAUGAGAAGAAACCCAAAAAUGAAGCUUGUGGAGAUAAUGCAAAAGGUGCGAGACAAGUACACAAUAGACAUUAGCAAGACUGUGGCAUCUAGAGCUAGGAAAAGGGCUUUAGAGGUGGUUUAUGGAAGUUACUCAGAACAAUACAAAAGGUUGAAUGAUUUUUGUGCUGAAAUAUUAAGAUCAAAUCCUGGCAGCACAUGA